AUGGCACUCAAAGAUCAUGGCCGUCAGUACGACAUUGUCAUCUUCGGAGCUACCGGUUAUACUGGAAAGCUCACAGCUGAGUACAUCGCGACACAUCUACCAACCGACCUCAAAUGGGCGGUGGCAGGUCGCAACGAGUCCAAGUUGGAUGCUCUUGUCGAAGACUGCAAGAAGCGCAACUCUGAUCGACUCCAGCCUGCCAUUGAGAUUGCCAACCUGAACGAUGCCGAUCUAAGCGCCCUCGCAAAGAAGACCUGUGUUCUACUUACUACCGUCGGACCAUACAGUCUUUAUGGUGAACAUGCUUACAAGGCUUGUGCUGAGGAGGGCACUCACUACGUGGAUGUUACCGGUGAAGCUGCCUGGGUUCAUAAGAUGAUAAAGAAGUAUGAAGCAACGGCCAAGAAGACGGGCGCCAUCCUCAUCCCACAAGCUGGAAUCGAGUCAGCUCCCGCCGACCUCAUUACAUGGGCGCUGGCCAAGACACUUCGUAUUGAGCUGGGCUCUCAGACAAAAGACGUGACAGUAUCCCUGCACGAUGUCAAGUCAGCACCUUCUGGUGGUACUCUUGCUACCGCUUUGAACAUUUGGGAUGUCUUCACGCUCAAGGAGAUGAAAGACGCCAGCAGCCCAUAUGCUCAGUCGCCUAUUCCGCAUAAAGAGCCCACCAGGCCCAAAAGCACCAUGCUCGAAAUGAUAUUGGGUGUCCGGAGCGUAUCGAACUUGGGGCUCUUAACCACAUCCAUAGCGGGCACGACCGAUGUCGCAGUUGUUGAGCGUACUUGGGGUCUGCUAUCUGAGACGCCAUCCCGAAAAGAAGAGUUCUAUGGCCCCAAUUUCGUCUGGCAAGAGCGUAUGAAAGCUCGCAACUGGCUCCAUGGAAUCUUUAUUCACUGGCUCCUGAUUAUUGGUGGCGUUUUGCUCGUAUCAGUUGCUCCGUUGAGAGAGUUUCUUAAGAAGCGUGUUGUUCAGCCUGGUCAGGGCGCCAGCAGCGAGGAUACUGCCAAAGACUAUGUCGAGUACCGUGGCAUCGCGUAUCCUGACUCUGAGAAACAGGCCACCAAAGCAGCUUUUGGUCGCAUGUGGCAUCAUGGCGGCAUGUACUUGUUAACUGCUGUCCUCCUGAGUGAGAUUGCUGCGACAAUCCUCGAAGACAAUGUUGAACUUGAUGGAGGAUCUUAUACGCCUGCUUGCUUGGGCCAAGGUCUAAUUGACCGGCUUGAUAAGUCGGGUCUCAAGUUAGAUGUCAAGACCAUUGACGUUUAA